UUUUAUCUUGUCUUUAUCACGAGUUCUUUUCCUUGGUUAAAAAUACUUCUUGUUUUGCCCAUAUUCGCGGGUUCUUCAAUUGUCUUUUUCCCUCAUAAGGGAAAUAAAGUGUAUAGGUGGUAUACUCUAUGUAUAUGUAUCCUAGAGCUCCUUCUAAUGACCUAUGUAUUUUGUUAUCAUUUCCAAUUGGACGAUCCAUUAAUCCAAUUGAAGGAGGAUUAUAAAUGGAUCAAUCUUUUUGAUUUACAUCACACAUUGUGA